AUGGCGUCUGCAUCCGCAAGCCCAAGUGCCUCAUCGGGGUCGAAACAUCGAUCCAAAAGAUCGAGUUCCGGCUCUGGGUCCGGAUCAGGAUCCAGCUCUCGUAAACAAUCCAAGCAUAUGUCCAGUAGUUCUCGGAGAGGGAAGGAGACAUCUGGGUCUUCAGGUUCUGGAUCUAGCUCAAAGCAUUCUUCGGAUCGAAAAGAUGGUUCCUCUACCAGUGACCGACAUUCAAGUGGUAGAUAUUCCACUCCUUCAAAAAUCGCAAGUGACGGUACACGAGUUGGAGACAUGGCUAGGAAAUCAUCACAUUUGAGAUACUAUAUCCUGCAUACGUCCGGAGGAUGGUUAGGUGAUCUUCUGAUGACAUUAUCAGAUAUAACUGGAAUUUGGGAAUUGACUUUUUUGGCUAUAUUAUUCGUGUUUUCUUGGACUGUAUUGAGGAUCGGUCAAUUGGAAAUCACCUUGAUAUUGGGUCAUGUCUUUGAUCUGAUCAUUCCUUUACAACAUCACUUUGAUCAUACUAAACAACCUUCUCAUGCUAAACAUCUUGAACAAUAUUGGCCACUGUUUUUCAUCGGAACGAUCAUUGAAUUCGGUUGUUUUUCGCUUGUUCAUCCUGACUUAUUCACCUUGGUGGCUUGUCUCAAAACACUAGGUCUGACUUGUUUGUGGUUGGGAAGGGAUAGUAAAGGUAGAUUCUUGACAGAAAAGUUUGGAGGCAAAGGCGAUUCAGGACGACGUGUGAAUGAUACUGGCGGCAGCGAUGGCCGGAAGGAUAGAAGAAACGGUGGAGAUGGAGAUGCGAAUAACAGAGAUAGUAAUCGAGAUAGGGAUCGAAACAGAUCAGGAGAUGAUCCUAAGAAGAACAAUAAAAACGAUCCCAACAGGAAUAGUCCUAGUAAGCGAAAUAAGACAGAUGGGGAUGACUCAGGAGGAUCAGAUAACGGUGAUUCCUCAAAAGCUCCUGCAAAAAAGAACGGCAGUGGUGGCGGUGGCGGUGAUGGUGGGGCUAAUGAUAAGAAAGCUGAUGACGGUAAAGGAGGUUCAAAACAUCCUUUUGAUUCAACAGGGUUUGAUGGUAACUUGAUGCCUAUAAGAAAGACCAGACCAGAUGGACCAGAUCGCGAAUCAUAA